GCUGCUGAUGAUCCGCGGCACAUGCUCAGUUAUAUGCACGCCCAGACAACUUUGAAGGCUUAACUGUGGCUGCUGAGGUCACUGCACUGGAAGAAGGAGGAGGAGGAGGAGGACUACACCGCCUCCAUUUUGAAUAGCCAUGUAAUAGGGGCUCGCAUAGUUGGUGUGUGUCGCCCGCUGCGCUGCGUAGUGUCAACAAGCCCCAGCACCGUCGACAUGGACGACCUGUUCAGUCCGCGCAGGAGCCUGAACAGCACACAGGGGGAGAUAAGAGUGGGGCCAAGUCAUCAGGCCAAGCUCCCGGAGUUGCAGCCACAGCCUGCGCCUGCCUCACACACUCAGGCAGAGAAUGAGGAGCUCAUGUGGACACCCGGGGUCAACGACUGUGACCUGCUCAUGUAUCUCAGAGCAGCCAGGAGUAUGGCAGCAUUUGCAGGGAUGUGUGAUGGUGGAUCCACUGAGGAUGGAUGUUUAGCAGCUUCCCGCGAUGACACCACACUCAACGCGCUCAAUAUGCUUCAUGCAAGCCACUAUGAUGCAGCAAAAGCUCUCCAGCGUCUGGUCAAGAAGCCACUACCAAAACUUAUUGAAAAGUGCUGGUCGGGGGAUGAUGUGAAACGCUUCAUCAAAGGCCUGAAACAAUACGGAAAGAAUUUUUUCCGCAUUCGGAAAGACUUUCUGCCCAGCAAAAAGACUGGAGAACUGAUUGCUUUCUAUUACCACUGGAAGAAAACUCCAGAGGCUGCAGGAACCCGAGCCUAUCGACAGCAACGGCGGCAGCCCUCCUCUCGCAAAGCCAAGACUCGAUCUGCGGCACCUCCUGACAACACACAAUCUCGAAAAUAUUCAGCAGUGGACGCCAGUUCAGCCAGUGAGGAUGACCUUGACAGUGAAGACAGUGAGCAGGAAGCUAAGAGCUGCAGCCACUGUGGCACAACAAGUUCUAAGGAUUGGCACCAGGGCGGGAGAGACAACCCUCUGCUGUGCACGGGUUGUCGCUCAUAUGAAAACAAACACGGAUGUCUGCCUCCAGCUCCAAAGUCUGCGAGCACUUCAUUCACAUUCAAACCUGUCAAAGCAGAAGAAGAGGUGAACAGCAAGCAUGGCAUGAGGACUCGGCGGAGCAGAGCACCUCAGUUGUCAUCUUUAAGAAGCGGGCACAGAAGGCUCACAGGCUCCCCAACAAGUGAGGAUCAGCUAUCAAGUAACCAGCCCUCCCCGACAGGAGCAGUCUCUCAUUCCUUGAGAUCGUCUUUCACAGAUAAUAAGAAUGACUCCAUAAAGAAAACAAACAAGAAGAUAAAAGAAGAGGUAACGCAGCCACGGACAACAAAACGUGCACGGGAAAGCCCUGCUUUGGAAAUGGAUGACCCUGAAAAAAUUGCUCCUAAAAGGCCAAAGACCCAAGACCCACGGGGCUCCAGGUCAGAGGGAGAGGCAGAGGAGGAAAGCUCUUCGGACAGCCGCAGCGCUCAGGAAGAUGGCAGCGACGCCAAAGACAUCGAUCAGGACAACCGCAGUUCGUCACCCAGCAUUCCCAGCCCUCAGCAGGGCAACGAGAGUGACUCCGACUCUUCUGCUCAGCCGAACGGGAUCCCGUCAGAGCCUGUCGCCUCUGCUGCUGCGCAGGCCGAGACACCAGUUUCACAGGCCCUCCCCACUCAGGGCCCUCCCAUCAUUCCUCAGCAACCACAGAGCACGCCUUUAGCUGAUCCAGCUCACAGCCCCCCUCCACCCUCUCCGGACCCCCCUCAACCAGUGGCCGGGCAGCCAGCCGCCCCAGCAGGCUCAAGCAGCAGAGGGCAGCCAUCAUCUCUCCCCCUACCUUGCCCAUGGCCUGCACCAUCACCACUGGCUCAAGACGCUCCUCCCUCUCCAGCAUUUCACAUCCCACCUGCUCUCAACUCUUCACUGCCCCUGCAGCCACUUGGCCUAUCACCUCAAGCCCCCCAGCGCCCCCCACCCUUCUUUAGGGAUGCACAGCACCCCCAGCCUCCUAUCACUGGCCCCCAAAUCAAGCCUCCUCCCACCACUCCGAUUCCACCUUCACAUAAACAUCUGCCACACCAGUCAGGGGCAUCUUUCCCCCAGAUGCCCUCUAACCUUCCCCCUCCGCCUGCUCUUAAGCCCCUCACUUCUCUGCCCAACCACCAUCCUCCAGGUGCCCCUCCUCCUCCUCUUCAGCUCAUGCAGCAUCCUUUGCCCGUUAAUUCACUUCCAACCCAGCCUCCUGUGAUCUCUCAGGUGCAGAGUCCCCCUGGAAAAAGCAUGACAUCUGCCCACACACCAGCAGCACCAGCAGCACCAGCAGCAGCCUCACUCCCUCUAACCUCUGUCACACCCUCAUCUGUCGGCCCCGUCCUCAGCCUCCAGCAGCCAUUCUCGCCUCUUCCUCUCAAACCUUCACCGAGUUCCACUGCAGGAGGCCUGCAGGUUCAGAUUAAAGAAGAGCCUCUGGAUGAGAUGGAAGAGGUGCAGAGCCCCCCAUCUCCCCCCCGGAGUCCCUCACCAGAGCCUACCAUCGUCAACAUGGCAAGCCAUGCCAGCCAGUCUGCACGGUUUAUCAAACACUUGGAUCGCGGAUACAAUUCUUGCGCAAGAACAGACCUUUUCUUUACCCCGUUGUCCGCCUCCAAGCUGGCCAAGAAAAGGGAGGAGGCCGUGGAAAGGUCCAGAAGAGAGGCUGAGCUCAGUGCGCGAGAAGAACGUGAAAGGGAGAAAGAGAGAGAGCGAGAGCGAGAAAGGGAAGCAGAUAAAAGUGCUAGAGCGUCUAGCUCCUCCCAUGACAGUCGCAUAAGUGAAGUGCAGAUGGUAGCUCAAAGCCAUGGACGCCCCUCCUUUGAGCAGCCGCCCACCACCGUAGCAGCCGUGCCGCCCUACAUCGGCCCGGACACGCCAGCCCUGCGCACCCUGAGUGACUACGCACGACCCCAUGUCAUGUCGCCCACCAACCGCAGCCAUCCUUUCUACGUGUCCCUUAGCCCCGGUGACUCCUUGCUGACGUACCACAUGCCCGGCCUGUACAGCGCCGAGCCCAGCCUCAGAGAGCGCGAGCUAAGGAACCUCAGAGAGAGAGAGCUCCGUGAAAGGAUGAAGCCCGGCUUUGAGGUCAAACACCCAGACCUGGAAACCUUGCACCCUUCAGCCAACCCCAUGGAGCACUUUGUCAGACAUGGGGCGCUAGGUCUUCCACACAUACCUGGGCCUCCCCACCCCUUUGCACACUUCCAUCCCGGCCUGAACCAUCUGGAGCGGGAGAGGAUGGCGCUGGCGGGGCCUCAGCUGCGUCCCGAGCUGAGUUAUGCUGAGCGACUCACUGCAGAGCGGCUUCACGCUGAGAGGAUGGCUUCUGUUGCAGCAGAUCCUGCAGCCCGACUGCAGAUGCUCAGUGUGACGCCUCAUCAUCACCAACACUCCCACAUUCACUCUCACCUCCACCUGCACCAGCAGGACCCCCUAGGUCAAGGUUCAAGCCCUCAUCCUCUGGAUCCUCUGGGAACAGGGCCGCGUUUGGCCCGAUUUCCCUUCCCGGGUGGCCCCAUCUCCAACCCUUUACUCAGCGAUCUUCCUCAUGAUCACGAGAUGCUGCGGCAUCCACUGUUUGGAGCUGCAUAUCCACGAGAGCUGCAGGGUCCGAUUCCCCAGAUGUCCGCCUCGCACCAGCUCCAGGCCAUGCACGCUCAGUCUGCAGAGCUGCAGAGGAUGGCGAUGGAGCAGCAAUGGCUUCAUGGGCAUCACCUGCACGGAGGCGCUCUACCCAGUCAGGAAGAUUACUAUAGCCGUCUGAAGAAAGAAGGUGACAAGCCAUCUUGAGGUGGCGCAUGCUCUGAACCCUACACUAAAAAUCCAUACUGUGUAAUUUUGAAACUGUAAGAGAAUAUUUUGUCUUUUUAGUGUUAGUAUAUUUUGGAGAAAAAAAAAAUAUUUGUGAAUCUUUAUGUGCAUUCCUCGUUCAGCACUUCAUGAGACCAUCAAAGUCCAUCUGAGAUUUUCCUCCCGCUGUGCUAGAUUUAUUGUCAAAAAGCCCUCUGAUGUGAGAUAAGUGACAGGUCUACUCUGACAAACUGUUAAACUGUUUGGUACGCAGUCAUUUAAAUUUGUUCAAGAAUGUGAAAAUGGACUGACUUUGGUGUUACUUUUAAAUAUCUAAAUGAGUCUUUUUUUUCUUUUUUUUUUUUUAAAGAGUUUGCUGUACAGAAUUACGUUUAAAUCAAUGUGUGGAUGAUAAUUACAACCUAGCAUGACUCGCCCUUCAGUUUUCACACAACUAGAGUAGCAAGUUGCAUUGUGGUGUUAGGCUUCAAAAACAUUGUAGAGUUUUGAUUUAUUCCUAAAUCUGCUAAAUGUUUGUUUAAAUCCCCAAAUUUUAUAUAUCAAAGUAUCUUUUCAAUGUAUAACCGAAGCUUUUAGUCCCUCGUUUUUAAAGCUGUAAAUAUUACAUGUUCACAAUAUUCUAUAAGAAUGAGUACUAUUGAUAUAUCGGUGAUUAUGAACAUCCUUGUCAUGAGAUUCAGAAUGAGGCCAAUUAAUCUUAAGCAAAACAGUUUAUAGUAUUGUUAUAGUGACAAUUGGAUGGUGAUAUGCCUCUGCUGAAAAAGUUUUAUUAUAAAGGAAUAUUUACAUUGUUUUGAUGAGACUGACCCGCCUGAACAGAAACUAAAUCUUGAGCAUUUUAAUGGAGUUUUAAAAAUAACUCCCUAAAUUCAAUAUUUAUGUGAUAUAAUACCAAACUGUAUCCAUGCUAUAUUUAUUUCAAUAAAUAUUUCUGCAAU